AUGUAUCUUAAAGAUAUAAACCAAAUGCUUCAUUCAGGGGAUGCAGAAUAUAAUAUUUUUAACAUUAUUGUAUAUGAUCGAAUUGAUCAAUUCAAAGAAUAUGUAGUUCAACAUUCUCUUGAAAGUAUACAUGUUGAUUUACCUAUAUUCAACGCCAAUCCAAUUAUAGAUGUUUGUGCAUAUUAUGGAUCGGUAAAUAUUUUCUCUUUCCUCCUCUCAAAUUUUGGACAAUGUGUUACUAUAUUUUCUCUUACUUAUGCAAUCAUCGGAGGAAAUGAUGACAUUAUCAAUGAAUGCAAUAAAAGUUUCAAAAUGAACUAUUGGUGUAUGCAAAAUGCAAUUUUAUCACAUAAUAAUAAAGUGAUUAAAUACAUAAUUGAACACAAAUUAUUUUACAUUGAUUUAUCUUUUAGUGAUUGUAUUAAGAGAUCACAAAAUUUAUAUCCACUCUUCCUCUUAUAUAAGAAAAAUAAAAAUUACAUCAUUCCAUGGUGUGCUGCAAUCCCACAAUCGAUCAAUAUUCUCCGAAAUGAUAAUCUUGAUUUUGGAAAGAAAUCUAAGAAUGGGAUGACACUUCUUCAUUAUGCUGCAUCAUCUAAAAAUACAGAAAUAUGCAAACUUCUAUUAGAUUCACCAAAAAUUUACCAAACUGACAUAAAUCAAGCAGAUAAUUAUGGGCAAACAGCUUUACAUUAUGCUGCAAAGAAUAAUAAAAAAGAUAUCGUCACUCUUCUUCUUUCAUACGGUGCAAUUGCUAAUGCAAGAGAUAAAAGAGGUGUUUCGGCCUAUGAAAUAGCAUCAUUUAAAGGAUUUAAGGAAAUAGUAGAUAUUUUUUUAUUUCCUCCAGAACCAAUAAGAUCUGAAGAUUAUUUUACAUCAUUUUAUUUUCCAAUAUGCAAAUUAAAAUUGGAAUCAUUACCUGGAAAAUGUUUUAUAAAAUAA